GUCGAUCGAGGCCCUUGAAUCGCAACCCAGCAGUCCGGAAUCCGCACAAGAGACGCCUUCCAAGCCUCCCCAAUUCUGGAAGUUGUACAUGAAUGGACCUCCUGGCCGUCUUUAUUCCAUCCGGGAUGUCAGGCGUCAAAAGCUCGUCUACCACCAUCAGCGGGACGCGAAUAAGCCUAUCCAAAUGACCUUCGAUAAGGGCAAGGUUCAACAUAUGAUAAACACGAGGACAGGCAAGGUUAUCUACAAGUCUCCCAGCUUCAAAGUAUAAUCAUGGUUACCAGCCUAUGACACUCUGGCGACUUCUGCGCAGC